GGGAAGCCCCCUCCUCCUGAGUUUUAUCUCCAGGUCAAGGAAUAUAUAUUACAUACAAUGACCUUUCUUUCUAGAUCAUUCCCUCUUCAGAGUUCCUUGGAGAGAACCGAGGAAGGUUUGCAGGUGCUAAAACUACCUCCUCCUCCUCCUUUCCCCUGACUCGUGUUUCCCAUAAGAGUUUUUCUUUUCUAUUCCAUGGACUGGCCUUCCUCCAGCCAGGCCUAAGUUUGUUUUCUGAGCGUUGGUUUCUCUUUGGGGGUAAUAAGGAAGUUGUCAAGCAAAACUGUUUUUUCCAGGGUAGCUGAGAUAAGCCUCUUAUCUGUGGAGGAGCGGAGAGCAGCCCUGGGAUAGGAUGACGGGGCUGUAGUGGGUGGCCCCUGGAUUGGCUGCCCAUGAGCUCACCUCCUGGGACAUAUGAUAAAGCAUCUUCUGAAUCUGGAAACAGGCAGCAUAUUCUCCCUUGGAGAGCUGGGACUACUACCCCUCACUGGAUACAACUUACAGCAGACAGGGAGUGGUGCCUACACGUUGCUGGGAGUACCCAAUGCACAGCCCCCCAGUUGGAAGUUACGGACCAAAAUUGCCCUGGGACAGGAGUGACUUUCAUGAUCUGAGUGCAAUGGAGCCGCCGCGGGGCCCAAGGAAGCCUCUGUCAGGGAGGAGAGCCAGGUCUCUGGACAGGCUGCAGAACCCCCAGAAGGAUUCAGAGUCGCGGGACUGCUGGUGCAUUUCCCGGCCCACCAGCCCCUCCAGAAGGCUGUUGCGCCGGACGGCCAGCGAUGGGGCCAAAUGUCCCAAGAGCCCAGCUCAGUCUGCGGAGGCUCAGCGCACCACGGCUGCAGCCCUCAGCCCAGAGGAGACCAGGAAGUUUCUCCCCAGUGAGCAGAGGCCUCCGCAGGACACCAAGAAGGACAAGGCCCAGGGUCGGGCCCAGCAGGGGUGGCUGAAGACCAUGAUGAACUUCGUAUUUGGGACGAGCCCUGAGGAGCCCAAGGAAAAGACCAACAAGAGGGCCAAGGGGAAGGAGGGCUUCCCCGAGCCUGCAGAAACCCCCGAGACACCGGGCGAGCCAGCUCCCAGGAAGAAAGCCCACAGCAAGAAGGCCAGCCGCAAGAAACACGGUCACAAGAAACAUGGUGCUGAGGAAACCAAGGGCAUCCGAGAUCAGGAGGCCAAAGGGCAGGAGGCCAAGAUGGCUGGUGCCUCAUGCUGCGAGGAGGCUGAUCUGGGCCCAGCAGCUGGGGGAGGGGAAGUUUCUGACCUCCCCCAGUUCUCCCUCCUUGAAGGUGGAGGUGCUGGAGUCCGGAAGGUUUCUUCCCAAGCCACAGGUCGCCAGGGAGAAGAGGAGCUCGGAAAGCCUGACAGUGAGUCAGAAUCUUCUUACCUUCUGAGGGAACCGGAUGGGGAUUAUGAUCCACACUUCACAGAGGAAGAGAUGAAGAAAGGAUUCUCUGUGCAUCUAGAAAGAUUAACUGGGUGCAUUUGUUUUCUUCCAGAGGAUACCAUCAUCCAGAAGAUAGCGGGAUUUCUCAAAAAAGUGGGAGACCAGUGGGAAGAAGAGCAGCAUCAAGCCUCUCAGCCAGAGGUGGCUCCUCAAAACCCAGCACCAGGCUUCAGGAAGAAACCCCAAGAGAGAAAGUCUAGCCUCAAGAAAGCCUUUUCUCAUAAGAAACAUGGUUUUGAGGAGCCCAAGAGAGCACAGGCUGCAGAUGUUUCCAGCCCAGAGUCCCGGCCGCCCAAGAGGCCCAGCUUUCUGCCCCUGUGUGUUGGUGGCCAUCGACCCUCCAGCUCCAGCAGCCCAGGUGUGGAAAAACCUGAAGUCCAAGAGACUCUGUCUACAGAUGGUGGGGAUCCAAGUCCCUUCGAGCUUUCCAACCCAGCAGGAAGCCGGGGACCCGAAGAGGACCUGCAGCUGGACAGAGCCUCGGAAUUCAAGGAAUUUAUCCAGGAGAUCAUGGACCUACUCCAAGAUGCAGAGGAGCAGGGGGGAGACAAGCAACUUCAAGUCCAGGAGGCACAAGUGGCUGUAGGAAACCUGGCCCCAACCUCCAGGAAGAAAUCACAAGAGAAAAAGUCCAGUUUCAGAAAAGCCUUUUCUCAUAAGAAACAUGGCUUGAAGGAGCCCAAGAGAGGGGCUGCUGCAGGUGCUGCCAGUCCAGAGUCCCGACCGUCAAAGAGGCCCAGCUUUCUGCCCCUGUGUGUUGGUGGCCAUCGACACUCUAUCUCCAGCAACCCUGAUCCGGAGGAUGUGGAGUUCCAGGAGUCCUCGCCUGCAGAAGGGGGGCCAGUUGGAUCCUCAGAAGCACCCUCCCAGGCCAGAAGCCACAAGCCAGAAGCAGGACCUCAGCCACAUGGAGCAAAUGAAUCUAAGGAGCUGAUCAUCCAGAAGCUGGUGGCCCUUCUCCAAGAAGUGGAUGGCCAGUUGGGGGAGCAGUUCAGGCAACACCCCAGCUUUAAGAAGUUUUUCUACAAGCUCCCAGACUCUUCCCUCAGAAAGCUCGUAGCCACCCUGCGCCCCCAGGAGGCCCACUCCACGGAGCCCAAGAGACCCUACCCGUUUGUCUUUGGCUUGGCUAACAAACGUGCUGGCAGCAAUCACCAAGCCGUCCUCAGCCUCACGGGCCUACACUACAGGCGACCGAGUUUUAGCCAGUUCCCAUACAGGGAGGACCAGCAGGUGAGAAAGGGCAAUAUGGCAUGAGGGGCCACAGACUCACAAUCACAAGGAUCUGCCUACAGCCCUCUCCCCUCCCCUGCUUACUUCAGGACUUCUGGGAUCCAGCUCAAAUGCCACCACCUUGUCAAGGCCUUCUGAGACAAUUCUACGCCACAGCAGCCUCUUUCUUUUCCAAACCCCGCCCCCUUUGCCUGCUCAUUAGCUAAUCAGCAUCUUCUUUAUUUGGUCUCCCACUGGAUGUGUAUUUUCACACUUCUUGACAUCAGUGUGGGAUAUUGGACCAGCUACUAUCUUAGCUGCCCUCUUAUGAUUCCAUGGGUUGUGCUGCUUGGCUUUCCAGUUGAGACUGUCGUAAAAUUUAGAGAACAACGUAAAGUAAGAUUACAUAUCAAAUAAGAAUGACACAAAUCCUCAGAGCCAGAGUCCAGAUUGAAAGCUAUGCUUUGCACUCAAGUUCCCUGAAUUAUCCAAACAUCGGCGGCUUUAGCCAGAAGACCCUGAAGAUGUCCCAAUCCAGUGCUUCACAGACAUGACUGAAGACAAGAGUGGGCAGCCAUUCUGCAUCCUUGCACCGUUGUGAGCUUAUCUCAGUGGAGAAUGCAGAAAUGUUCCUCCACAAAGCUGGAGGCAGAGGCCAUGGGGGGAAAUAGCACUGGACUGGGAGUUAGGAGACCAGGACUCCCCCUGCUCACCUGCCCCAAACUUGCUGCAAGACCCUGUCCACCACCUUAUCUUUGAUAAAGGUGGCAGGAAUGUACAGUGGAGAAAGGACAGCCUCUUCAAUAAGUGGUGCUGGGAAAACUGGACAGGUACAUGUAAA